GUCAGCUCCAGCCCCAGCGCGUCGGCGAAGCGGACCGUCUUCCUCCGCGAGGGGCUUUGCUGCUGCAGGGCCGGGCGCAGGCUGCGAUUCCCGGGCGUGGGAAUAAGGCAUACAACCUGCAGAGUCAGCAACGGUUAUGACCUCCUCUGAACAGAAACAAAACACAAUUGAUUCCGAAAGAGUCACCACCAAUACAAGAAAUGCGGAAAUAGAACUGCGCUGCACCUAUCCGAGCGAGAGGCGGGAGAGAAAUCAAAUUUACAUUCUUUUGAACAUCAGUAAUAGUGUCAACGAACAAGAGGAAAAAUCCUUCGACUACAUUAAUGGAACAGGAUGGGAGGAUGCUGUCCAAGGCUGGAGCAAAACACCCCCCUUUGCUCAUCUGCAGUUACAAAAGAGAGCUAGAAAGACAAGACCAAGCGAGUCUGUCAGUGGGUGCCUAUAUUGCUCGGAUCUGAUGCAAGUGAUUGACAAAGGUUUGGAACAAGAUCCCAAGAUUAUAGAUCAACUGAAAUCCGAUUUCAGAUCGAGCCGAUGUGCUGCCACAGACAGUAUUCCACAAAAGCCACAAGCUCUGCUUUCCUCAAGUACAGCCAUAACAUCCCCUUCUGCAGUAGACGACAUCAAAAAAGAAAGCUAUUAUGGCAGAAUACUUUCCCUCCAGACACCCCAAGAAGAAAAGGCAAGAAUGAUCUUAAAGGAUGUUCCAUCGUCUCUAAACGAAAGGAAGUUUUAUCUCAUGAAGGAAAGCUCAGUAUUGCAAGUAGAAAAGAAAGCGGUGCCAAUCAAAGAGUUUAAUAUCCUGUCCCCAGGAAAGUUCAAGGGUAUAGAAGCCCAGAAGCAUAAGGACAUCAAGAGCAGUGACCCCUUUGCGUGUAACCAAGUAGGCUCCGAAGCUCCUGCCACGAAGCCGUCCCUUGUACUGCCACCUCUGAAGGACGCAGCCCUCAAAAACAACAACAGCCUGGAUCCUUCGCCAAAGAAAAGUAAGACAGCUUUAUCCCAGGCAAGUGAAACAACAUUCCAUGCUGUGUCGGAGACCGUGUCCGCGGCUCAGUUUGUUACAACCAAAGAGAAAAGAAUAGGUUCAAUAUUGGAUGCAGUGAAGGAACAAAUUAAAAUGCAGGAGGUCACCUCUCUUUUCCCAAGGCCUUCAAAGACUUCCUUCUUCGCGAGGAAUCUGGAUCAGUGCUACUGGCCCUGUGCUUUUUUACCUGAUAGGAAAGUUGCAACUGUGUCUAACCCGAUUGCAAUGAGAAAGAACAGACAUCCAAACAGCAUGCAUUUCCUGCAUACGAAAGGAUUGCAAGUCAGCAAAGCCAGUGAGAUCCGAGACCCUUGCACCGGAAGCAGGAGUCAGAGUGGAACAAAGCAAGGAAAUGGGUCAAAAGCCCAGGAGAUCCCACUGCUUUCUGGACUAUUCCCCUCCUUAACGGAACGAGGUUGGGGGAGAGCGACCCCUUUCGCGUGCUGUAAAAUCCCCAAAAAGCCAAGGAUAAACAAAAUAGUUCCAAGAAUAUCUCACCAGAAAAUCACAUCUAGUCUGAAAAAAAACAUGGACUGGGUGAAUCAACUGGAAAGCAAGAAACAAAAAAACCAUCGCAAAUUUCCUAAAAAAGAAACCAUUUCAAGCAAUCAAGAGAUUGGAGUCAGCAGCAUCAAACCAUACAAGAUGACAACCAAUUCUGAAAGAGAAAGGAUGAGAAAAAAUUUAAAUACUAUUCAAACAUUUCUAGGUGAAGAGAAGACCUUGCCUAUAAAGGAAUAUGAAAUCAACUCACAAGAACAGACAGGACCUAAAGCCAUGAGAUAUGAUGAGAUCAACCUGCCACAAGUAAUUCCCAGCAACUUGAGCUAUAUAUCCUUAAAUGCAUUGUUGGUCUUUAGGCAAGAUGAAUUUGGUGUAAUCAACAUACAUCUGGAGACCCCUUUCAAUAACGGAGCAACUGCUGCAAAAAGAACGAAAAGAGAAGACACCACGCCUGACGAAAUGGUAUCCCACAGACCUGCAACUAAAAAGGUCAAGCCAAAGAAUAGAAAAAAAAUUGGUAUGAAUAACGUGGUAGAAAAAUCCAAUACAAAAAUAAUGUACCACCCUUUGAUUUGUCCACAAGACUCAGGUAUUUUGUCUUUCUCUGAAAUGUGUUGGGUCUUUUCCCUGGCCUAGAAUGAUUUUGUGAAG